AUGGUCGAAAUCGAGAAAUCGCCAAUCGAAACCAGCACCGAGCAACGCAAAUAUCGGGUUAGUUUUGGCAAAAACGAAGGGAGGAGUCGAACCAGCGACCUUUGUGGUGAGAGAAAAUUAGGAAAAAUGAUCGUAUGAACUUAGAUGUGCAGGUUAGGGGGUACUGUAGUCUUCGGGAUUUCUGUGGGAUGAGGCAGGAAAAUUCACUUCGAAUUGUGAAAUCUGUUGAAGUUUACACGAGAAAAUCAAAAAUUCAGUACCCUAGAAACUUUUGAUUUUUUGGGAAUGGUUCGAGAGUUAGAUCUGCAGGCUCGGUAAUUUUUGUGGGAUGAAGCUGGAAAAUUCACUUGAAACCGUAAAAUGAGUUUUUCAAGCUGGCAUGUUGAAGUUUACAUGAGAAAAACUAAAUUUAGGUACCUUAGAAUUUUGAGAUGUCUUUGGAAUGGCUUAAGAGUUAGAUCUGCAGGCUAUGGUACGGUAUUUUUGCGAAGAGUAAGAUUUUCAGGUUCUUUGAGGGAAUUCGUGGGGAAAAUCUGUUUUUUAGUUUUUGAAUCAAAGUCUUGAGCAAAUUUAUGCAGUGAGAAAGUUUCAGAAACGCUUUUUUUACUUCCGAUUUUUCAAAGUGUCCAAGAGCUCAAAAAUUGCAACGGAUUCAUAUAUUUUUUGCCAAAAAGUCGCGAAAAAUGAUUUUUCAAAGCGAUUCGAGUGUAUGAGCUUAGAUGUGCAGGUUAGGUGGUAUUGUAGUUUUGGUGAUUUUUGUGGGAUGAAGCUGGAAAAUUUACUUCAAACAGUGAAUUGACUUUUUUAAGCUGGUAAGUUGAAGUUUACACGAGAAAAACUGAAUUUAGACACCUUAGAAUCUUGAGACUUUUUGGAAUGGCUUGAGAGUUAGAUCUGCAGGCUAUGAGGUACGGUAUCUGGAAAUUUCACUUGAAACUAUGAAAUCUGUUAAAUUCUACACGAGAAAAACUAAAUUUAGGUAUCUGAAUGUUGAGAUUAUUUGGAAUGGUUUCAGAGUUAGAUCUGCAGGUUUGUGGUACGGUAUCUUUGAAGAGAGUAAGAUGUUCAGGCCUUCUGAGGAAAUACGUGGGAGAAACCUGUUUUUUUUAGCUUUUGAAUCAAAGUUUUGAGAAAAAUUCAGAAACCUUUUUUUUAUGCCUCCGAUACUUCAAAGUGUCCAAGAGCUCAAAAAUUGCAACGGAUUCCUAUAUUUUUUGCCAAAAAGUCGCGAAAAAUGAUUUUUCAAAGCGAUUCGAGUGUAUGAGCUUAGAUGUGCAGGUUAGGUGGUACCGUAGUUUUGGUGAUUUUUGUGGGAUGAAGCUGGAAAAUUCACUUGAAACCGUAAAAUGAGUUUUUCAAGCUGGUAUGUUGAAGUUUACACGAGAAAAAACAAAACUCAGGUACCCUAGAAAUUUUUGAUUUUUGGGAAUUGCUUGAGAGUUAGAUCUGCAGGCUGUGAGGUACGGUUUUUUGAGCAAAUAAGUCGGAAAAACCUGUUUUUUUAGCUUUUGAAUCGAAAAUUUGAUCAAAAAUAAGCAGUGAGAAAAGUUUCAGAAAAGUUUUUUUUGACUUCCGAAUUUUCAAAGUCAAAGAGCUCAAAAAUUGCAACGGAUUCAUUCAUUUUUUCUGUCAAAAAGUUGUGAAAACAAAGUUCAGUUACCAUAGAAUUUUUAGAUGUCUUUGGAAUGGUUUGAGAGUUAGAUCUGCAGGCUAUGAGGUACGGUAUCUUUGAAAAAAAGUAAGAUUUCAGGUUUUCUGAGCAAAUGCUUGGAAAAAGUUUUUUAGCUUUGGAAUUGAAGUUUUGAUGAAAAAUAAGCAGUGAGAAAAGUUUCAGAAACGUUUUUUUUGACUUCCGAUUUUUCAAAGUCUCGAAGAGCUCAAAAUUGCAACGGAUUCCUUUAUUUUUUCACCAAAAAAAUAUCUUUUUCUGCUUGUUUUUUGACGCAAAACAAGCGUAUGAAAUGUUUCGUUUCGUAGAUGAUGACAAAAAAUAUAUUGCCGGAAAGAAGCCAACGACUUGAUGUUUUAAUGUUGUGACGCAGCAGCGAAUUUCCGAGUUUUCGAGGCUUCCCAUUGACUUUUUUUUUUAGAUUUCCUGGAAGUUUUUUUGUUUUUUUCGUGUUUCAGUGUAGUUUGGCAAAAGGUUUUCUGUGCGCUUUGUUGAGAAUAUUUAGAAAAAAUCGGUCAUUUCAAAGUGCGCCCGACCAAAAACGACUUGGCUCAUUGGUGCAUAUAAAAGCAUUAAAAUCGGCUGGAGGACAGGUCUAUCCGCAACGCGACCGCGAGGCGUUGAGCCAUUCUACGUGCGGCCAAUGAGUUUCAAGUUAUAGAUAAUUAGUUAUAGUGCUGGCAUCAGAACUUUUGCGUAUUUUUACGAAGAAAAUGGGACUUUUUUGGGACUUUCUGGGGACUUAGAAAAGCCUUCCGGGGCAUAUGGAGUAUAGGACUGACAGCAGUGGAAAGUUUUGCGUAUUUUUACGAAGAAAAUGGGACUUUUUUGGGACUUCCUGGGGACUUAGAAAAACCUUCCGGGGCUUAUGAAGUAUAGGACUGGCAGCAGUAAAAAGUUUUGCGGAUUUCUGAAAAAAAUGGGACUUUUUUGGGACCUUCCGGGGCAUAUGAAGUAUAGAACUGGCAGCAGUGGAAACUAUCGUAUACUUUUGAAGAGAUUGGGACUUUUUUGGGACUUUCUGCGGCUUUAGAAAACCUUCCGGGGCAUAUGAAGAAUAGAACUGACAGCAGUGGGAAGUUUUGCGUUUUUUUUUUUGAAGAGAUUGGGACUUUUUUGGGACCUUAGGGGGCCUAUGAAGUAUAGUAAUCGCAGCAGUGGAAUCUAUCGUAUACUUUUGAAGAGAUUCGGACUUUUUUUGGGACUUUCUGGGGCCUUAGGCCUUUUUCGGACCUUGGCUGAAAAUUUAAAAAAUGAAAAACACUUUGAGAAAGUUUAUUUGGGAACGAACUGGAGGACAGAUCCAUCCGCAACGCGGCCGCGACGCGUUGAGCCAUUCUACAUGCGGUUAAUGCAUUUCAAGUCAUAGAUAGCGAAGUAUAGGACUGGUAGUUUUGAGAAGUGUUGCGUAUUUUUUGAAGAAAAUGGGACUUUUUUGGGACCUUCUAUGACCUUCUGGCCCCUGGAUCCUUCCUUGGCUAGAAAAAAAUAAUGAAAACACUAAAAAAACGCUUUUUGAAAGUUCCUAACCCAAAUAUGUGAAACAUCCGGCCCCACAAGACUCUCCAGGCCGACCCGCUUAAAGCCCUGUCCUUGGCAAAUCUCCAAGAUUUGUGACGAAAGCACUGGAAUCCCAUUGUUCUGCUGCUCUCCCCCAUGAUCAACGAACAAAAAAGGCAGAAAAAAAAAGAAAGAAUGCUUAGAUAAGCCUCGAGAUUAUCCUAUUAGACAGCAUUCAGACGUCGACAACGCCGCCUGAUAUUCUCCCCUUUAUUCAACUCACCUUAACUCCUUUUUGCUAUAGUCUAUUAUCACUUACCUUAUUAGAAGUUUUAUGAAAACAACGACGACGGCGAUGACUCUCGCCGCUACGAAGCGCGUCACGGUGGUGGGUUUUUGAAAAGUUUGACGGGUUUUUAAGGGGCUUAUUUAAAGACCUUAGAGUUUUAGGAUGGAGCUCUUGGUUAGGUUAGUCACUAGGUUGUUUCAUUUUACGGCGAAUUUUUCAAAAUGGGCGGGGGGAAUUCGCGUGGAUUUUGAGGGUGUUAUGGGUUUAUUUGAAGUUUUUUUAGAGGUUUAGGAUAGGACUCCAGGUUAGGUUAGUCAUUAGGUCUCCUUUUUUGUCAAGGGGGGAGGUGGGUUGCGUAAUUUUAAGGGGUUUUGAGGGUUUAUUUAAAGACAUUAGAGGUUUAGGAGAAAGUUCUUGGCUAGGUUGGUCAUUAGGCUUCUUUCUUAGUCGAUACUCCAAGACUUUACAAGAAUAUUCCUAGUUUCCUAUCGAUGUUACUAAGCGCGUCAGGGGGGGCUUUAAGAUCUAGGAGUUUAAGGGCUUAUUUAAAGAGCUUAGAGGUUAAGGGUGGAAAUCUCGGUUAGGUUAGUCGUUGAAGCUCCUUUUUCGUCGAAGAUCCGAGAUUCAACAAGAAGGUUCAUAGUUUCCUAUCGUUGUUACCAAGCGCGUCACGAUGGUGGGUUUUUGAGGAUUCUGUGGAUUUUAUGGGUUUAUUCGAAGAUUUCAGAGGUUUAGGAUAGAAAUCCAGGUUAAGUUAGUCAUUAGGUUGUUUCAUUUUGUGGCGAAUUUUUCGUAAUAGGGGGGGUUAGUCGUUAGGUCUCAUUUUUUUCGUCGAAAUUCCAAGAUUCUACAAGAAUAUUCCUCGUUUCCUACCGUUACUAAGCGCGUCACGGUGGUGGAUUUUUGGAGGUUUUUAGGGCUUUUAAGGGCUUAUUUAAAGGUCUUAGAGGUUUAGGGUGGAGUUCUCGGUUGGGUUAGUCACUAGGCCAAUUUCGAAGAUUUAUGGUUUGUUAAAAAUCACAUUUUGCGUCGAAAAUUCAAAAAUUUUUAACUUUACAAGAAGUUUUUUCGUUCCCUAGAUCAAAAUGGCCGAUUUCUUAAGGUUUUGCUCGUUUUAAACUCUGAAGAUUGGAAUUUUCUGGAUCUAGGGGACCCUUUCCAAGUGUUUUAAGCCAAUUUUCUAAAAAAAAUUUCAAAAGUAAACCUUUUGAGCACGAAUUUUGAAGGUUUCAGACAUCCAAAACUAUUUUAAACUUUUAAAAAUAAAAACGGAGUUCUCAUAUUUUUUCAAACGAUAAGUUUGUUCAAGUCAAAGUUUCAGUUGUUUUUCUCACUUUCAACGUUGAAAUUUUGAAAAAUUGCAGGCUUUAUAGACCUUUUUUUAUCAACAUAUGACUGGAAAAAUUGGCCUUUAAUGAGUUCAAAAAUUUUUUUAAAUCAAAAAAAUAAAAAAAGAUCUUUUUAAGUUUUUCCCACCUGCUAAUUACUUGCAAGGCUAAAAACUCAUCCCAGAAGUAACCUGUUAAAAAAUUUGUUCUUUAUCCUUCACCUUUUGAAUCUUAUCACCAAAUGGAAAAAGUUGCUGCUAAUAAUAAAUACUUGGCCACAUCUUAUUGAGAUACUAAGAAUUUCAAACUCUGGCAUCGAAAAUAGCAUCAAAAACCAAUCUCAUCACUUAUGCACAAACCUGAUAUCUGAGGCUGAAGUUUUUUGGUUUUUGGUAUUUUUCCUGAGCCGGACGUCUGAAAUGGUGGGUCUUGGAGGUUUUUUGACUUGAUUCUAGGUUUUUGAGGCAUUUUUCAGGUUUUUAGAAUGUAAUAAGUGUUUCAGAAGGCUUUAAGCCUUGAUUUUUAACAUUUCUUAACACUCCCAAAAUUAGGCCGAUUUUUUUAGGUUUCUAAAAUUCGAGUUAUAUUUUCCUAUCGUGAGAAGAAGCUUAGGAAUCUCAAAAAUAUGAUCUUCAAAAAGUAACAGAUUUUCGAAACGAAUCAAGCAAUUUAAUUAUUUCCCUCCUUUCCUAUGCAAUCAUUGUAAUGGUCCAAGUGUGGGGAAAGCUUUUUUUUUCAAGCUUAGAAAGACUAGUUUUCAUCUUCCCGACAGCUUUUUGGAUUAAGACGCCUUUUCUCGAAUUCAAGCUUUUUUUGUACGAUUUUGGCUGCUUUCUCUUAAAUUUAUAGCUGAUUUUUAGUAUACUUUGUAGCAUUUUUAGUGGCCACUAUAGAGGCUCGCCAAGGACUACUUGGAUAGGACACUAAAGUGGUCACUAAACCCACCUCUUUAGUGGCCACUACAUUCCGUUUUAGUGGCCACUAUAGAGGUUCUAUAUUUAGUGGCCACUUCAGUAGUUUUUCAUCCAGUAUUCCUUCCAGUAACUCUGAUUAUUUUAAAACGAACAGAUUGGACCAGUUAGAAUAAUCCUUGAUUUACCAGAAAAAGGUCCUGAAACAUUCAAUCUAUAGAACUUCCUAGUUUUCGAGAAACGAGGGCUUGAAAUCCCAAAAAUGGCCUGUUUUUACGGAUUUUGAGGAGUCGUUUCUCGGAAACUAGGAAGUUUUGAAGAUUGAGACUUUCAGAAUCUUCAUAUGGUUCAUCAAGAAGUUUUCUGGCCAUUUUUCAGAAAUUUCCCAAUCAAAAAGUUGAGUGACGUCCUUUCACUGGGAAAAUUUCUAGUGGCCACUAUAGAGGCUCGCCAAUGACUACUUGAAGAUGACACUAAAGUGGCCACUAAAACCACCUCUAUAGUGGCCACUGUUUUCCAUUUAGUUGCCACUUCAGUAGUUUUUCAUCCAGUAUUCCUUCCAGUAACUCUGAUUAUUUUAAAACGAACAGAUUGGACCGGUUAUGUUGAUCCAUUGACCCCUAAAGUGGCCACUAAAAUGUUUAGUUGUCUAAUAGUAGCACUUAGACUUCUAAAGUGGCCAUUUUUAACCCCUUAAGUGGUCACUAAUUUGACUACUAUAGUGGCCACUAAAACGUCAAAACCCUAAAGUGGCCACUAAUUUUUAACCCUGGCUAUUAAUUUGACUACCAUAGUUUCCACUAAAACGUCAAAACCCUUUUUGAUCAGUUAAGAAAAAUUUUGGAUCGAUUCCCCAGGCUCGGAAGCGAAUCCUUGAGACUUCUAAGCUGUAGGAGAUGAUCAAUUUUUGUCUGAAACUUUAAUUCCGAUUCUAAAUUGGCUAACUUGAAGCAUCAAAAGAAUAUCUAGUCAUUUAUGAAGAAAAAUUUCAUAAUAAAAUGUCGGAUGCGAUUCCCCCCGUACAAGACUUCCGUUGCGAUGUUGACUGGCGGCCGAGCAUUUUGGGGGCGAGAAGAAUUUUCGAAUGGAUGAUAUCAAUCUUCUUCUUCAGCUUCUUCCCCAUUUACUUUAUGCUUCACCUCCCAUUUUUCCUUAUCACUUUGGUUCUUUGAAACUGGCCUUUUCGAUCUUUCUAGGCUCCAAAACGGCACAGUCGAGCUUGAAAUAUUCCGAUUUUCUCGAGAAUUUUGAGCCGUUUUUUAUCGUUUAGUACAUUAAGGGGUGAUAUAUUGAGCUUUUGGGAUUGAACUUUUGAAUUUUUGAUAAAUUUACGAGCUUGACUAUCUUUUUGAAACGUCCUGGGAUCCAUGAAAGCUCUGAAACUCGUAAAUCAGUUUGCGCCCGACCAAAAACGGCUUACGCAUUUUGCAUCUUCGAAACUCAUUUCAAUAUUUAAAAAUGUUUUCAGUCAGAAAGCGGUUAUCUUUUUGAAACGUCCUGAGGCUCAUAGUAGCUUUAAAGCUUUUAAAUUAAUUUGCGCCCGACCAAAAACGGCUUACGCGUUCGGCAUAUUUAAAAAUAAUUUCAUUGUUCAAAAUAAUUUUUCAGUCGAAAUUCGGUCAUCUUUUUGAAACCUCCUGAAGCCCAUAGAGACUUUGAAAGUUUUAAAUCAGGUUGCGCCUGACCAAAAACGGCUUGCGCAUUUGGCAUCUUUGAAACUCAUUUCACUACUCAAAAAGGCUUUUUAUUCGAAAUCUAUCAUUUUUUCAAAACGUCCUGGGAUCCAUGAAAGCUCUGAAACUCGUAAAUCAGUUUGCGCCCGACCAAAAACGGCUUGCGCAUUUGGCAUCUUUGAAGCUCAUUUCACUACUCAAAAAUGUUUUUUAAUCAAAAAACGAUUAUCUUUUCAGAACGUCUUAAGGUCCAUAGUAGCUUUAAAGCUUUUAUAUUAAGUUGCGCCCGACCAAAAACGGCUUGCGCAAUUGGCAUCAUUUCAGUAUUCAAAAAGGUGUUUUGGAAGAUGAUUUAUUAAUUCAAAAUCAUAACGCGUCAUGUUCCUUUUAAAUAUUUUGUCCUUUCCGCUUUUAAAGUUCAUUUUCUACAUACGAAAAAUGCACCAUAAGUAUUUUGAAGAUUAUUUAUUAGUUUAAAAUCAUCAUCCCUUUCGCCUUCAAAAGUCCCCAGACGAAAAAUCGACGAUUUUCCCAGAUUUGCUCGAAAAAUCCGCCUAUAAGCCGGAGUUGUAGUUAAACGUCGAUUCGCCUCCAGAUUGUAGGAUUAGUUCUCUUUUUCCGAAGGAAUCCUUUGGCGGUUUUGUUGACUCAUUCUCGAUAAUUCGAUGCGCGUAUUUCCUCCUUCCUUCGCGCUUCACUUGAAACGAAAGUCUAAUGGCAACCUUCGCGGCUCCUAAUUCUUGGUACUUCUUAGUGUUUCGUCAUUUCCUCGCAGUUGUUUAUUUGUUAUUAGGGCUUUUUUUUUGGCUCCAAAUUGAGUAUUUUUGGACCUUGAACCAGUUGAGUUAAGGUAUAUCAAUGAUAGUCUAAAAACUUCUUUUUGGCUCUUAAGUGAGCUUUUUUGGACUUUGGACCAUUUUUGUUAAGGUUUUUUUUUGUUACUCGAGUAGCGAAUUUUUUAGGCCUUUUUCGAAAUUUUGACGAGUUUUUUAGGCUCUAACUUGAGCUUUUCUGGAUCUUGAACCAGUUUAGGUGAGAUUUUUAAAUGAUAGUCCAAAUUUUUUUGGUUUUUUUCUAUUUUUUCCAAGUCGCGAACUUUUUUGAGACUUUUUUUCAAAGUUAAAAAAGGUCUUUUUGAGGGUUUUAAGGGGUUUUUCGGCUCCAAAUUGAGCAUUUUUGGACUUUGAACCAGUUGAGUUAAGGUUUUUCAGUGUUACUAGAUAUGCGAAUUUUUUAGGCCUUUUCCGAACUUGUGAAGGGUUUUUUUUUGGCUCUAAUUUAAGCAUUUUAGACUUUGAACCAGUUUAGUUGAGGUGAUAGUCUAAAAAUUUUGAUAAUUUCCAUUUUUACCGAGUCGCAAAACUUUUUUGGGUGAUUUUCAAAGUUAAAAAAGGUCUUUUUGAGGGUUUUAAGGGGUUUUUCGGCUCCAAAUUGAGCAUUUUUGGACUUUGAACCAGUUGAGUUAAGGUUUUUCAGUGUUACUAGAUAUGCGAAUUUUUUAGGCCUUUUCCGAACUUGUGAAGGGUUUUUUUUUGGCUCUAAUUUAAGCAUUUUUAGACUUUGAACCAGUUUAGUUGAGGUGAUAGUCUAAAAAAAUUUUUGAUAAUUUCCAUUUUUUUACCGAGUCGCAAAACUUUUUUGGGUGAUUUUCAAAGUUAAAAAAGGUCUUUUUGAGGGUUUUAAGGGGUUUUUCGGCUCUAAAUUGAGCAUUUUUGGACUUUGAAUUAGUUGAGUUAAGGUAUUUCAAUGUUGAUCGUUUUGCGAAUUUUUUAGGUUUUUUCCCAAAUUUUGACGAGCUUUUUUUGGCUCCUAAUUGAGCAUUUUUGGACUUUCGACCAGUUUAGUUGAGGUGAUAGUCUAAAAAUUUUGGAUAAUUUCCAUUUCUACCGAGUCGCAUAACUUUUUUGGGUUUUUUUCAAAAUAAAAAAAAGGUCUUUUUGAGGGCUUUAAGGGGUUUUUAUGGCUCUAAAUUGAGCUUUUCUGGACUUUGAACCGGUUUAAUCAUUCUUUCGAGAUGCAAAUCUCUCAAAAUAUUUGAAAAAGCUCAAACUUUCAAGUUUUCAGGCCUUUUUAAGGGUUCUAAGAAGUUUUUUGGUUCUUAAUUGAGCAAUUUCGAACUUUUAACCAGUGGAGUUUAGGUACUUCAACGAUAGUCCGAAAAUUUCGGUUGUUUCCAUUUUUUCCGAGUCUCGACUUUUUUUUUCUCAGAGUUUCCUGGCUCUGAAUUGAGCAUUUCUGGACUUUGAACCUUAAUACUCAAAAUUUUCAUCAUUCUGGUUGAUUUUUAAAGAUUCAGUACGGUUAGCUUGUAAGAAAUCUCGAUUUUUCAGUUUUGAAAGCUUUAAAUUAAUACGUAGUAGAUUUUUGGAUCAUUGAAAUCCAGUUAUUAGAGGUUUUUUUCCAGUCAAUUGUGCGUUAGAAGCUUAAGAAAAUGUUUUUUUCAUGAUUUUUAAAGUUUAAAAGAUGAAUUUUUGAACUAAAAAGUUCAAAAAGGUGAAUGAUAUGAAAAUUUGAAGGCAUUUUAUAUAUUUAAAACCCAUCAAUACUAUAUUUUUUUGCGAUGAAAUACGCCCUCACGUUUAAAAAAAUUCGGUCACGCGAAUGAAGGUUUUUUUCUCUUCUCUCGGGGGAAUUUAUAUCAACCAUUAUUAUGGGGGGGUGAAAAUGGACUUGUAAUAUUUUUUUAUUUUUUUAGGGACGAUGAAAUUUGAUCUCAACCAUUUUUUUAGGGGGGUAGAAAUAGAUUCAAAAGAUUUGAUUUCAAUUGUUUUUUUAAGUGGGGGGGACUCGAUUUUAAUCAAGAAUUUGGACUGAGAAGUGGUGAUUUUUCUAAUUUUCGUAAUAGAAGCGUUUCAUUCAAAGUUUUAUGAACGUUUUUAAACGAUUUGUUGAUUUUUCAUUGGAGUUUGAACUGAAAUUUCACUCGAUGAACCGUUUUUCCAAGUUUUCCCAGUCCCCAUGUACUCUCCUCUUCACGAAUUUUAUCGCAAGACCCUCAUUUUUCAGGCCCUUUCCAACGGCUCGUCUUUGGACUCGGAGGGAAGCCACCAAAGCCGCCGGAGCAAACUCAACAUGCCCAUGAUGUACCAAAUGUACGAGAGUCAGGUGCGGAUUUAUUGAUUUUUAGAGUUUCUUGUGAAAUUUGGUUUAAGAUGGUGUAAAAUGGGGUUUUUCAGAUAUAGAAACGUAGGGAAAAGCUUGAAAAUUUCAAUUUUGACCUUAUUUUACAAAUUUCAUGAGAGAUACUCGAAAUUUGCCAUAAAAUGGUGUAAAAAUGGUGUUUUUCAGAUAUAGAAACGUAGGGAAAAGCUUGAAAAUCUCAAUUUUGACCUCUAUUUUUUCAAACUAUAACUGGGGCUUGAAAUUGGCUAUAAAAUGGUGUAAAAAUGGUGUUUUUCAGCUAUCGAAAUGUAUGAAGAAGCUUGAAAAUGUUAAUUUGGAGCUCUCCUUUUUUUGAAACUCGAAAUUUGCCGAAAAAAAAAUGGUGUAAGAAUGAUCUUUUUCAGCUCACAAACUGUAGCGAAAAAUCCUGAAAAUCUCAAUUUUGACCUCUAUUUUUUCAAACUAUAACUGGGGCUUGAAAUUGGCUAUAAAAUGGUGUAAAAAUGGUGUUUUUCAGCUAUCGAAAUGUAUGAAGAAGCUUGAAAAUGUUAAUUUGGAGCUCUCCUUUUUUUGAAACUCGAAAUUUGCCGAAAAAAAAAUGGUGUAAGAAUGAUCUUUUUCAGCUCACAAACUGUAGCGAAAAAUCCUGAAAAUCUCAAUUUUGACCUCUAUUUUUCCAAAUUGUAAGUGGGACUUGAAAUUGGCUAUAAAAUCGUGUAAAAAUGGUGUUUUUCAGCUAUAAACAUGUAAGAAAAAAGCAAUUUCGACCUUUAUUUUUUCUAUAUGUAUGAGGGAGACAUGAAAUGGAUCAUGAAAAUCUUAAAAUUUCUUGAGAAAAAUGAAUUUUAAGUCCGAAAAAUACCAAAAAACGGGCUGAAUAUUGUGAAAUCUAGCCAAAUUUACAUGUAUUUCUAGGUUUCGCUUGAAAUAUUUCGAUUCUUCCUUUAUUUUUCUCAUAAAGCACUCCUAAAUAGAAUGUACAGUAACCGCACUACCGUAACCCAGAAGCUUUACGAUUUUUUUUACAGUACGACGAUCUCCGAGGCACCGUUUACGGACCGGAUUCGCCGGAUUUUCAUCCCGUUCAGGCGUCGGAAACCCUCCGGAAGUCUUUGAGUGGCAUUAGUGAGUUUUAUUCUGGAUCUAAGGGUCACUGGAUCGGAUCCUUGACGAAUAAUGGCAAAAAUGAUUGUGAUGCAUUAGAAGAUAAUUUGAUGAGUUUAUGGAAAUUGAAGUUUUGGAACAGGUAUUAGAUGUGCAGGUUCUUUUUCGGAAGAAUGGAUGGUUUUGGUAUAAAUUCGUACUUAGGAACUCCAGAGUGGUCCCUAUAGGGGCACUUGGAGGGUCUUAACUAGGGACCCCUUCACAGAUCCCUACAGGGGCCACUGAAGCUUGCAAAAGAGAUCACUAUAGGAGACAUGCUAGUCAAUAAUUUUUAUAAGCUCAUCCAUAAGAAAAACUUGAUAAAAAAGCGUUUUUUGAAUAAAAUUAAAGGACCUUAUAGGGACCACCUUGAUUUCACCCCUAUAGGGACCACUUUUUCGGUCUCCAUGAGGGUCGUUUUCCCCCCUAACUCCUAUAAGGUCAACUUGAGCUUCAAGAGGUCUGACCUUAAAUCCCUAUAGGGACCACCUUGAUUCCACCCCUAUAGGGACCACUUUUUCGGCCCCUUUUGAGAAAUUUUUCUCCUCUAACCCCCCUUAGUGAAUUUUGGGUGAUUUUAAGCCAAAUUUUCUUUCUUUUUCUGUUGAAAACUGGAAAAAACGACUCCCACUACAAACUGGUUAUUAUAGAUAGACUAAUGUUUGAUUUCCCGAAGCCAGAUCUUCGAAUCUUCCGCCUGAAUGUUAUUGAAUGUCUUAUUGAAUAGGCAAUGGGCCCGUGGCUGUUGGCCAUGUGCCAUCAUCAAUAAUUCAUCGGUCUCUCGUGAUAAGACCCGAUUAAGCUUUAGUCCAUUCACCGAUAGCCUUCCGUCCGAAAUACCCAAAGGGCAGAUUCGUACUUGAAAGCUGGCCAAUCAGCGACAGCCUAGCCUUGAAUAUUAGAAAUUUUACGGGCAUCGGUUAAUUUUUUCAGUAAACUAUUAAAGUUCUAAAAAAUUAAAGUUCAUGCGGAAUUGUUUGAGAUAGUUGUGACUACUUAUAAAUUUGUUAUGAUCGUAAGACUUGAAAAUGCGCCCGACCUGAAACGACUUACUAAAUCGUUAGUUAAGAUCCGUUCACCGGUUGCUUAAUAAAGUUCGGAAAAUAACUAGUUUACAUGUUUUUGUUGAAUUUCCUCUUUGAGCUACACCGAAAAGUCACGAAUCAUUGUUUAAAAGGCUCACAGAACCGAUAAAUUCGAUGGAAAAACAAGUUCUUUGCUACUGAAACAACAAAAAAGCGAAAAACGUAAUCAUAAAAAGAAACCCGUAAAUCGACGAAAACUGCGCGUGAGGCAGGUGUAUCGUCCGUAAUGACGCUGUGCUCACGACGGAUCAUGAUACCGUAACCCGAAAAUAUCAAAAAUUUGAGUCGAUUCAAGCCAAAACUUUUUUAUUACUUCCAGACACCAACGAUCAAGUCAUCAUCCAGACGAUUCUCUACCACAAUAAUUUCCAACGUCAGAAAAUCCUCAAUGCAUAUGAGGACAUGUAUAGUCGGGUUGGAAUCUUGAAAAAGUGAGUAAAAAUUUUUAUGAUUCAGAGCCUUCUGGACGAUUUGGAAGAAGAAACGGGCGGAUAUUUCUUGGAAAUGGCCCAGGCGUUGUUCAAACCGGCUCAUCAGUACGAUACCCUGAACCUCUUCAAAUCGAUCUCGGUUCGGGAUUCGUUUCAUUUUUGAAGGAAAUAAAGGAGAAAUAAAUCAAUUGUUUUAGAAGAUUAAAGGUUUGAAGAUUGAGAAUUUCGAUGGCCUAAAUAUUUUGAAAUAAAAGUAAUAAGAAGGAUGUACGUUAAAGUCUUUUAAGGCGACCUGAAAAAAUUGCAUCAUUAUAAGAUUUUUGAAAUUUCAAAAUCUUUCGACUUUCUUUAAAGAUUUUUCUUGAAUGAUAAUUGAGUCGUUUCGUAUGGAGAAAAGAGUUCGAAGCAAGUUCAGAAAAAGUACAAAAAAAAAUAAUAAUUUCAGAAUCGCUACGGCGACCGUUCCGUUGCUGUCGAAAUCGCCUGUACUAGAAGCCCUCGGGUUCGGAAUUUUUUUUUCUUUUCCUUGAAAAUUAGUCAGAAUUUUCAUAAACUGAGCUAGAAAUGAUUGAGACGAUUCCAGCAACUCCGCGUCAUCAAGGAAACCUACCAAACCGAUUACCGAAAGCCGAUCGACAAGGAUAUCAGUGUCAAGGUCGGAUUAGUUUUCACACAGCAGGAAAUCUGAAAAAAAAUGACAGGAAGAGCAGUUCCACAUGGAACAUGAGACGUUGAAUUUUUCUCUCAAGACUUUGAAAAAUUUUUAAUUUUUUUUAGGGAGCUCCUCGAAAACUCGAAAAAAGGACUUUCACGGUCUUCAAUAGAUUAGACCUAUUCCAGUUUUUAAAUUUAUUUCAGCUCACUUUUUGAUUUCAACAUUCUUCAUUAAAUAAAGUAACUGAAAAAUGAUCCCAGAGAAUUCACGGAGGCUAUAAAAAAAUGGGCUCAAAAAAAGCCUUUUUCCUAUCAUUUUUUAAAGCUUUUUAAAGGGGCAUUUCCAGGUCCUUCAGAGCGUUUUGAGAAGGAAAUUUUCAUUUUACUAAUGAAAAAAAUGACAAAUCUUAAUUUUUGAUUGGGGGCCGGACAAGAUGUUGAACUUCUUUCAGGCUCAGGAAAAAAAAUGAAGUUGAACUUAAUUUUCAGGUCGAAGGAAUCGUUGGCCGCGUUUUGACGAUGCUCCUGUGCAGUCCGCGAGACGAUUCCACGGGGAAGAAAAUCGACGAAGCCCUCGUCGAAAAACACGCCCAAAUUAUCCUGGCGGUGGGCCUUUGCGUAUAAAAAAUUGGAUUAAAAUAGUCAAUAAUUCGGUUUUUCGUUAACUGAUCCUUCAUUUUUGAAGUUCAAAAGCUUCUUCGUUAGAAAAUCUCAAGACAAAUUAGUUGUAUUUGUAGAGGGGAUUCGGGAGUUCGAUUCUAGACGAGGAAAUUUGAAUUUUUGCCAUUUUUGCUGGAGAUAGUCCAUUCACCGCGACUUGACACGUUUUUAAGUGUCUGCGUCUCUACGUUCCCUCGCGAGGUCAGAGAAAUAUGGAAAUAGCACGGAAAUAUGAGAGACGAUCUCAGAAACCGUAUCUCAGGAACUCCAUUAAGGCUCCCCUCGGAGGGUCCCCUCUAGGGACCACUUUAUCAAGCCCUAUAGGGUCCACUAAAGCUUGCAAAAAAAGCCUAGUCAAUAAUCUUUAUGAACUCUAUGCGAAAAAGCAUUUCCACGCAAAAACCAAGAUUAAUAAGAAAAACCCCUAUAGGGAUCACUUAAGCUUUAAGGGCUUGAAAAGUCAGACCCUAAAUCCCUAUAGGGACCACUAUUUCGGCCUCUAUAGGGGCUGUUUUCCCCCUAACCCCUAUAGGGGCCAUACUAAAAUUCCUAAGAUGGUCAUGUUAAAAUUGAACAGGAUAAGGUCGAUGGUUCGGAUCCUCUCGAGGAUUUUAUUUUUUGCCAUUUUCUAAGCCUUUACUCUUUUUCAUAGAAGUUAUAAGAAGAUUCUGAACUGCAGCUCAAAGGAGCAAAAUAUGCCCAUUUUCAGACAACAAUCGAAGAAAUCGCCAAAAGCGCCGCCCUCUUCGAGCAGCUUUUCAUCGGCAACUCCUGGAAGCACAUUGGCCGCGUUUUGGAUCGGGUCCGAAUUCAUCGAUUUUUCGAUUCAUUUAUUGAUUUUUUCCAGGUUGACGACUUGCGAAAAGACGCCCACGACCUGGAGAACAUCCUCCGUCGGAACAAGGCCAUCCAUUCGGAAAUUCGCCUCGUUCUUUUGACGAUUUGUGGGUUUUUGGAGCGUUUUUUUGUGUAAAAAAGUAGUCGAUUGUGCACAGAUUUACAGUAUCUGGUCCUGUCCUAGGAACACCAGAGUGGUCCCUAAAGGGGCUAGGGAAAAGAAACAACCCCUAGAGGGAACCAAAAAAGGCCCCUACAUAGGUAAAUUUUAGGUGAACCCUUGAAAGUUCCUACUCUUGAGCUCCUGAAACUCAAGUGGUCCCUAAAGGGUCUUCCAACUUUUUUGAUCUGAGCAAUAAUCGACUAGCCUUUCCCCUGUAGGGUCCACUUUUGCAAGCUUAAGUGGCCCCUAUAGGGUCUUUUAUUUAUUUUUGAUCUUUUGAAAAUUCAGAUGGACCCUUAUAGUGGUUUAGGGUCUGACCGUUCAGUCCCUAAAGCUGAAGUGGUCCCUAUAGGGUCUUUUUCUGUUUUCUAUAAUUGACUAUCAUCUCCCCUGUAAGGGCCACUUUUGCAAGCUCAAGUGGUCCCUAUAAGGGGAGGAAAAUCGGUCCUGAGAACCUUCGAAGCACCUUAAGGCUCCCCCUAUAGGGACCACUCUGGAGCUCUUAGGGUAUUCGCUUUUUCGAGGUUGAAAAGUGUUCUAUAGAGGGGAACCUUCAAGGGUUUCUGAGGAUGCCUCUAUAGGGACCACUCUGGAGUCUUUGCGCUCUUUUCAAGGUUAAAAAGGCGAGCUUAACGAAAAGAUUAUGUCGUUUUGAAGUGUUUUUAAAAGGAUUUUUCCAGUAAGAGUAUCGAGAAACACGCAGCUGUACUUUGCGGAGAAGCUCCGGGCGGCGAUGACUGGAGACCGGCCCGACCACUCGACCAUCAUCCGCAUUUGCGUCAGCCGCAGCGAGGUGGGCACCUUGAUUCAGGGGACUUGACGAUUUUCAACGCUCUACUGAGAAAAAAUGUAGUGACCACGUAAGAGGUUCCUCAAGGACUACUUGGAGAGGACACUAAAGGGGCCACUCAAACCAAAUCUACACCCCCAUAUAGUAGUACUAUUUCGCGCCUUAUUGGUCACUUUAGUGUUUUGGGGGUCUACCACUUAGAUUUCUAAAGAGACCAGUAAAUUUUAACCUCUUGAAUGGUCACUAGCUCGAUUACUAUAGUGGCCACUAAAAUUUACCCAGUAUUUUUGUAGUUUGGAUGUGAGACUUGAACUAUGCGAAGAAGAAAAUAGCAAAAAAAAAGCUAUACGCUUGCUCUAUGGGUAGUCCAGCUCCUUUUCUAGAGAUGAAGCCUUAAAUUUUUGAAUUUUCAGGGCAAUUAAGGUAUCUAGGAGACGUACUGACUUUAUGAAAAAUAGUGGGAAAUAGCAAAGAUGGCAGAAAGUUUGGCCUAAUCCUCUCAAUAGAUCUAACUUGCGGUAGUUCAGUUUUAUGUGUAGUCCAGCUCCUUUUCUAGAGAUUAAGGCUUGAAUUUUUGAAUUUUACGUGAAAUAGAGGUGUCUAGGACUUUUAUCAAACGACAUUCGGAUCAAAAAUGCAUUUUUGAAACAUUUUUGCCUUCUCUCUUCUGAGGAUUUUUGACUAAAACGGCUAGUAAAGCCCUUAGGCUUACUUUAGGAGCUUCUAGAGUUUCUAUUUGAACCCGUUUUGGCUCUAGAGACUUUUCAGAACACCUCUAGCUUCAAUCGACCUUUUUUUGAAAAUCGCGUUGUGAAUCCAACAGCUUUUUCAAUAGAUACAAGCUUAGCCCGUCGAAAAAUACGAUAUCGCGUUGUUGCAGAUCGACCUGAGCGACAUCGCCGAGGAGUACAAGCGCAAAUACCACCGUUCCCUGGAGCACGACAUCAUGGCGACGUGCAGCGGCGACUACAUGCGACUCGCCUACAGCCUUGUCGCCGGCGCCCCGCUCAACAACAACAUGUUGCUCUCAAGAACUCCCGAAGAGUUCUGA